CUCCCGUCUGACUGUUUGGUGUAAAAAGCAAAACAUAGCUUCCAAUUAUCUCCCUUUGCUCUACUCUUUGCAAUCACCUCUUUCCUUCAUUUCCUUUCAUUUCUUCCAUUACAAACCAGAGAAAACAUGGCUGAGGCCUUAGUGGGAGGAGCGUUUCUCUCUGCCUUCCUCCAGGUGUUAUUUGACAGAAUGGCGUCUCGCAGGUUCACUGACUUCUUUCGGGGGCGAAAAGUCACCGAUGGACUCUUAGAAAAGUUGGAGACAACGUUGCGGUCCAUGAAUGCAGUGCUUGAAGACGCGGAGGAGAAGCAAGUUACAAAAUCUGAUGUGAACAAGUGGCUCGAUGACCUGAAAGAUACUGUCUAUCGUGCAGACGACAUCUUGGAUGAGAUUGCUACUAAAGCCUUGCGCCUCGAGGUGGAUGCUGAAUUUCAAACUCAUGCUGCAACUAAGGUACGAACCCGAAUCUCUACUUUUUCCUUUUUCAAGAAGAUAGAACCAAAGAUCAAAUAUGUAUACGAAAGAUUGGAAUUUCUAGCGAAACAAAAAGAGCAUAUGGGUCUGAGAGAAGGUGUUGGAGGAGAAUCAUCAAAAAGAUUGCCCACAACUUCUUUGGUCCGAGAAUCUGAUAUUUUGGGUAGGGAUGCUGAUAAAGAGACAAUAGUUAACUUGUUGCUCUCGAAUGACGCAAGUGGAGGUGAGAUGUGUGUGAUUCCCAUAGUGGGAAUGGGGGGAGUUGGCAAGACCACCCUUGCUCAGAUUGUAUACAAGGACAAGAGGGUGAAGGGGCAUUUUGAGCUUAAGGCAUGGGUAUGUGUUUCGGAUGAGUUUGACGUGUUCAGGGUAACUAAAACAGUUUUAGAGGCAGUGACUUCGUCAACUAGUGAUAUCAAAGAUCUAAAUCUGCUUCAAGUUAAACUAGAGGAGAAAUUGAUGGGGAAGAAAUUCCUACUUGUUUUAGAUGAUGUAUGGAAUGAGAAUUCUGAUAAUUGGGAUGCCUUAAGCAGUCCAUUUAAAUCUGGGGCAAUAGGAAGUACAAUCAUUGUAACAACACGCAAUGAAGGUGUUGCAUCAAUCGUGGGCACUGUUUCGACUGAUCGUCUAAAGCCGUUACUGGAAGAAGAUUGUUGGUCACUAUUUGCAAAACAUGCAUUCCACGAUUUUAACUCUAAUGCACGUCCAAAGCUAGAAGUAAUAGGUAGACAAAUUGUGAAAAAGUGUAAAGGUCUACCUUUAGCGGCCAAGACAAUUGGGGGUCUCUUACGAUUUAAACAAGAUGUUAAUGGGUGGGAGAAGAUAUUGAAGAGCGAAUUAUGGGAUUCGCCAAUAAACAAGACAAACAUUCUUCCAUCUUUAACAUUUAGUUACAAAUAUCUUCCCUCGCAUUUAAAGCAAUGCUUUGCUUACUGUUCAAUAUUUCCUAAAGAUUAUGUUUUUGAAAAAGAUGACGUAGUCUUACUAUGGAUGGCAGAAGGUUUCUUAGAAGAAACUAGAAACAAAACAAUGGAAGAAAUUGGUCAUGAAUACUUCCUCGAUCUAGCAUCAAGAUCGUUGUUCGAGCAAUCAAGUGAUGAUAAAUCAGGUUUUGUAAUGCAUGAUCUUGUCAACGACUUGGCAACUUAUGUAUCUGGACAAUUUACCUUUAUAUUGGGGGUUGACCGUUCUCAGAAAAUUGUGGACAAGACUCGCUAUUUUUCGUAUGUCAGAAGCACAUCUGAUAACUUUAAGAGGUUUGAGUCUCUUUGCGAGGCUACUCGAUUGCACACAUUCCUACCAUUGGAGUUGUCACCAAACUACUUGAGCUUCUUCUUAACUAAAAGAGUACUAUUUGAUUUAUUGCCAAAGCUAAGAUGCUUGCGGGUGCUCUCUCUAUCUAACUAUCAAAAUAUGAAUGAGUUGCCUGAAUCAAUUGGCAAAAUUAAGCAUCUACGUUAUUUGAACCUUUCUUCAACUACAAUUAAAAGGUUGCCUGAUUCCAUAUGUAAGUUGUGCAAUUUGCAAACAUUAAAUUUAUCAGGUUGUGAAAAUCUUUCUGUAUUGCCAAGAGAGAUGCGAAAACUCAUUAACUUACGUCAUCUUGAUAUCAGUAGAACUGCCAUAAAAGAGAUGCCAAUGCAGCUGGGUAGACUAAAAUGUCUACAAACGUUAACUAAAUUUAUCGUUAGCAAACAUAGUGGGGCUUCCAUUGAAGAGUUGGGGAAUCUUGCAUAUCUUCGAGGAAAGCUUUCAAUUGUAGAGCUCCAAAACGUUGUAUCUCCUACGGAUGCUCUGAAAGCAUGCUUGAAAGAUAAGAAGUACCUUGAGGAGUUGGUGUUGGAAUGGAAUGCAUCUAAUAUUUCAGAAUGUCAAAUAUCUGUACUUGACAAUCUUCGGCCCCAUAGUAACUUGAAAAGUCUCACUAUCAACAAUUAUGGCGGUGAAAGUCUUCCGGAUUGGGUUGGGCAUCAUUCGUUCUCUAAUAUAGCGUCCCUUCGCCUAAAAAAUUGCAAACAUUGUCAUAACUUGCCACCACUUGGACGGCUACCCUGUUUGCAAGACUUCUCUGUUUUUGGGUUUGAAGGAGUUGUUAAAGUGGAUCUUGAGUUUUAUAGUGGCAAUUCUUCAACAGUUAAACCAUUUGGAGCCCUUAAAAUUCUAAGGUUCGAGCGAAUGUUAAAUUGGGAGGAAUGGUCUUCUUUUGGUGCCGAAAAUGAAGAUGGAGCUUUCCCUCAACUUGAAAAGCUUUAUAUUUAUAAUUGUCCUAAGUUAAAAGGAGGGCUACCCGUCCAUCUUCCUUCUUUGGCGAAAUUUCAGAUUCGUAAUUGUCCUCAGCUGGUAGCUUCACUCCCAAGGACUCCUGUUGUACGCGAAUUGGAGCUAACAGAUUGUAACGAGGUUCUGUUAAAGGAAUUGCCAACUAAAUUACGAAAACUCGUAAUUGAUGGAUUUGACGCACUAGAGUCCCUUCCCGAGGGAAUGGUGGCCUCCAACAACUGUCUUCAAAAGUUAAACAUCUCAAACUGUAUGAAGUUAGAGCUCCCAACACACUCACACUUUGUAUCCCUUGAAAAAUUGCGGUUGGACGGUUGUGAUUCCCUCAAGUCAUUUCCGUUAGAUUUAUUCCCAAAGCUUUAUCAAAUCAAUAUCAUUCAGUGUAAGAAUCUGGAAUCUUUUACAGUUUCGGAACAACCUGGACGUGAUUCAGUGACCUUGCGUUUUAUUUACAUCGUUGAUUGCCCCAAUUUGGAAUCUUUUCCAAAAGGAGGAAUUUGUGCCCCCGAGCUUACAUCCUUUUCGGUCUCCCGUUGUGAGAGUCUGAGGUCACUGCCAGAGAAGAUGGAUGUACUCCUUCCUUCUCUUAAUUAUUUUGAAAUAAGUUACUGCCAGAGAAUUGAGUCGUUUCCCGAGGGGGGCUUGCCUUCCAAUGUUAAAGGUAUGACGAUCGAGGAAUGUGACAAGUUAUUUGCCAGACGGGCGGGAUGGGGUUUGCAAAAACUCCCAUCUCUUAGAGAAUUUACAGUCGGUGGCAACAAUGAAGACGUGGAGUCCUUUCCAGAGCCAGGGUUGCUGCCUUCUUGUCUGACUCAACUUUCUAUCUAUGAGUUUCCAAAUAUGAAAUCUUUGGACAAGAAAGGGCUUCAACACCUCACCUCUCUUCAACAAUUGUGCGUCCGGGACUGCCCUAAGCUCGAUUACAUUCCAAAAGAGGGGUUGCCUACCUCCCUUUCUACAAUAAGGAUCUACAGAUGCCCUUUGUUGAGGAAACGGUGGCAAAGCAAGAAAGAAAAAGAACGGCGAAAGAUUCCGGACGUUGAUCACAUAGCGAUUGAUUAUGAAGUAUAUAUUGGAUGAGCCAAAAGCCUCGUAUUGAAGAGUCCCAUUUUCUGUUAUAAUUAAUACCUGCACAUCAUCUCGAAGGCGGCAACAACAUAUUCACUUAUCCCUAGCGAGAUUUUCAUUUUAAGAAGAAGGGUUGCGUGCUUCCCUUUCUUCUAUAUGGAUCAACAAAUGCCCUAAGUUGAAGAAAGGAAACGAAUUGAACGGCGAAAGAUUCCUGAUGUCAAUCACAUACUGAUUAAUGGUGAAUCUAUUCUUUUUAAUUAAUACAAGAUCAAAGAGCUUGGGUCACAAUUACGAGAAGCAAAUAGAAUCAAUGAUCUUGCGAGGCCUGAACGCUUGAAGGGCCACCUUCUAUUGUCAGUAACUAGCGUUAUGUGCUUAGAUUUGAAAAUCUGUUGCUGCUGAUUUUCCUUCCCAUUGGGGAUUUUCCUCUUAAUAAGAGGGGUUGCCUGCUCUCUUUCUUAUGUCUGGAUCAAAAAAUACCUUUUUUUGAAGUAGUGGCAAAGCAAGAAGGGAAAAGAACGGCGAAAGAUUCCUAACAUCGAUCACAUAUUGAUUGAUGGGGUGAAUAUAUUGGAUGAGCUAAAAGGUGACAACAAUAUUUUCAGCUUUUACACUUAGUCAACAGAAUAUAGAAGAUUGAAGAGCUCAGAUGAAGAGUAUAAGACGCAAAGACGGAAAUAUAGAAUAUGUUGUAUAUUCUCCAUGAAUGCCAGAAGAGUGCUCUACUUGGAAGUUCUUUCAUUACUUCACCGUUCUCCGUUCUUAAAAUCACUAAUUUUCCAAACAUGAAAUAUUUGGACAAGAAGGGGCUUCAACAAUUGACAUCUCUGGAAGAAUAACGGAUCUAUAACUGCCCUGUCCUCUAGUACAUGCGAGAAGAAUGGCUGCUUGCCUCAUCCGUUUCGAUUCUAUUAUUGAUCAGCAAAUGUCCACAAAAUUAUAGUAGGAAUCCCCACUUAGUGGAAAUUAUUUAAUUGACAGAAUGUAGGAGAUGGAAGAGCUUGGUUAUGAAUACUCAAAGCAGAGGCCUGCAUAUACACUUAUUGAACUUGUUCUGUGCCAACCUGUUGAACUUCUUCUGUGGUGCUAAAUCAAGACCUUGGGAAAUUUUGGAACUUUAGAUUUGCUGAAGUGUAGGCUUUGAAUUACCAAUCACUACCUUUUCAUCUUAUUGCUGCUAUGUGGGAAAAGGGUGCCUACUAUCCAGCUUGCACUGUGCCAACUGUUGCAGUUUCUGAUGCAAAACUGGUGUCAGAUGAUCUUCAUUAAACAAUGCAGACUUUAGGAAGCCAAGUUCUUGUAAAGGUUGUGAAGAACAAGCUUGCCCCUCCAUUUAAAACUGUCCAAUUUGAGCUUGAGUUUGGCAAGGGCAUAUGUCGUGGUGCAGAGCUCAUAGACUUGGGAGUAAAACACAAAUUGAUUUCAAAGGCUGGCACAUUUUACAAUUUUAAUGGCCAGAAUUUCCAUGGCAAGGAUGCGUUUAAGAAGUUUCUGGCUGAAAAUGAAAGUGUAAGAGAUGAACUUACGGUAAAGCUCAGGGAGAAGCUGCUUUAUGCUGAGACACGGAAGGAGCCUGAAACAGAGGCAACAAAUGGAGAUCGUAGAGAAGAAAUCGAUUCACCCGAUUCUACUGAUGAGGAAGUAGUCACUGCUGUUGAAGCUUAAGUGUACAUUAGACCUUGAAGCACGGUUGGAGGUAUUUGCUCUUUUUCUCCGCCGACAGGGUUGAUUGUUCGGUAUGGAUAAUUUAGAAAAGAGAUGUAAAAAAAAUAUACACGGAACAUGUCUUGUUGUAAAAUCACUAAAAUUGAAGUCUACAUAAGCUGCUCGAGGGUCUAAAUGGUCGUAGUUUUCAUUUUAGUA